GUGUUACGUUGUCGCUUGUUACGCAGCAGCGAACUACGCAGUCCAUGACAACAAAAAUACAUCAGAAUCACAAUAACAACAACAACAACAGCAGCAACCACAACAACAACAAUAACAACAGCAGCAGCAACCACAAGCAUAACAAUAGCAAUAACAAAAGGAAAACCGUUACUAUUUAUAGCAGCCGAAUGUGGCAAGCGGUUUACUAUUUUUACAACAAUUGGCCCCAAGCACAGGCCCAACAAUAAGUUUAGCUAAAUAGAAUUCAAAACUAAAAGCAACAAUUACAAUAUGCGAAAAUUUGUGUGAAUGUUAGCGCUUCCAAAUUGAAUAAACGCCAGCCCAACAGCUAAAAUAAUAUUUUGAAUAAAUAGAUAAUAUGGUGAAUUGAGUGCGUUGUCAAAUGCGAUGCCUUGGACAACAACAAGAACAACAACAACGAUAACAGCAACGCUACGAGGAAUAACUUUGAUGUGCAACCAAAAACUAGGCUAAAUAGCUUUGCAUACUUUUGGGCAAACACGCAUACAUACAGACACAAACAAAAAGGCGCAAGCCGCGCAGAACACAGAACAGAACAGAACAGAGCAGAUCAGAGCGUAGAGCAGAGCCACAGGACAAGACCCUUCACUGAGAACUGCACAGGUCGCCGACAUUUGAACCUGCUGACCGGCAGGCUCUUUGUGCUCGCGUGUGUGUGUGUGUGUUUGUUCAGUGUGUGUGCUUAGCGGUUGUUUGUUGCUACUGCUGCUGCUGGUGCUGCGGCCGCCGUUGAAUUUGGCAACGUGAGAUGAAAAAUAUGUAAUAACACGUAGGAACAGCAAUUGCAACAAAUUCUUUGAGCAAACUAAGUAACAACAACAAAAGCAGCUGCAACGCGAAUAAAGAGCAAAAGGAAAAAAGAGUUCAGAGCUGAGUUCACUGGUGCAGUUCAAUAGCCUCUGGGGUGGAUAAUUUUUUUGGCCAGCACAGUAGCUAGAGCUGCUGCUGCCGGGGCUGCAAUUCGUGAACAGUCGUGUGCGCAAAAGUGUGUAUAAGUGUCUGUGUGCCAGUGUAUGUGAGUGUGUGUGUAUGCUGCAACUGACAGUGGCAGCAGCCAGCGCAUCUCUGCAGCAACGAAAUUGUGUCAGCAGCAGCAAAGGCAAACUGCAGCAACAACAACAACGACAACGACAACGGCAACGGCAACGGCAACUCUCACAGCUGAAGCGACUGUCUGGCGCCUUAAUGUUUACUAGCCGGAAUCAUCAUUAGUGAGACGCUUCACCUGCCGCCGAGUGUACCGUUGAUAGUUGGCUGUUGAUAAUGCGUCGCAUUAUGCAGCUUAUACAAACAUAAUUUGCAACUCAUUAAAGAGCACAAAAAGUAAAAUCGAAAACAAACAAACAGAGGCAGCGCACCACAAACACGCGCCGCACCGCCAUUUCGAACGCAACAAAGCUUCCGUAAACAAGCCAAAUCUAUAAACACUUCCAAGCAACCACAACCAAAAGAGAACAACAAGAACAACAACAAGUCGCCAAAAUGAUGUUGAAACGCCAAGUACUCACAUCCGUAGCCACCUGCGCAGCCUUGCUGCUGAUGGUGUAUGUCUCAGCGUAUGCGCUAGCGUUAGCACAAUUCCCAGAUCAGUUGGACGAAAGUUCCUACUCCAUGCUCAACAAGACGCGAAGUCUGAACGCCAGCGAACAGCCACACAGCCGUAGAGUGCGAGAGUCCGAGACUGAUGAUGAUGACGUUGAUCCCGGUGACAACAUUGGCAUUGAGCUAGAUGAAAUCGCCACAUGCUCCGACGGUCUAAUACUGCCACUAUGGAUGCCACAGCGACAUCUAUCGGCUGGCGAUCGCGCACUACGCGGCUUCAUAUACUUUCUACUCAUGAUCUAUCUAUUCGUGGGCGUCUCUAUUAUAUCGGAUCGCUUUAUGGCCGCCAUUGAGGCAAUUACUUCCAUCGAACGCACUGUUGUCAUGAAAACACCCAGCGGCGAAAAGAAAACCAUGAGCGUGCGCAUUUGGAACGAAACUGUGGCAAAUCUAACGCUCAUGGCGCUCGGAUCGAGUGCGCCCGAAAUUCUGCUCUCUGUCAUCGAGAUUUAUGCUCGAGACUUUGAAAGCGGCGAUCUAGGACCUGGCACCAUCGUCGGCUCGGCAGCCUACAAUCUGUUUGUUAUCAUCGCCCUGUGCAUGGUGCUCAUACCAACGAACGAGAAGCGACGCAUCAAGCACUUGCGAGUUUUUACCGUCACCGCGGUCUUCUCAGUCUUUGCCUACAUCUGGCUAUGGAUCAUUCUGUCGGUCAGCUCACCGGGUAUUAUCGAAGUCUGGGAGGGUCUGCUCACACUCCUCUUCUUUCCCGUCACUGUUCUUUGGGCCUACAUUGCGGAGCGGCGUCUGCUUGUCUACAAGUACAUGGACAAGAACUAUCGCGUUAAUAAGCGCGGCACUGUGGUCACGGGCGAGCACGAUCAGGUUGAAAUGGAUCCAGAGACCGCCAAAUCCAAGAAUCCCGCAAUUACUUUCCAAUCCGAUUCAACAGCCUUUGAUGAAGCACGUCGUGAGUAUAUUUCGCUGCUGGCUGAGCUGCGCCAGAAGUAUCCGGAUGCGGACUUGGAACAGCUGGAGAUGAUGGCACAAGAGCAGAUGAUCAAUCGUGGCUCAAAGUCACGCGCCUUCUAUCGCAUUCAAGCUACACGUAAACUCAUUGGCAGCGGUAAUCUGAUGCGUAAGAUUCAGGAACGUGCUCAUAGCGAUUUGACAGAGGUCAAGGCGCAACUGCAUCAGAUUGAUGAUGACGAAGAUGAUGAGCCCACACGCAUCUACUUCGAGCCAGGCCACUAUACGGUCAUGGAAAACUGCGGCGAGUUCGAGGUGCGCGUUGUGCGACGCGGCGACAUUUCUACUUAUUCCACGGUGGAGUUUGAGACCCAGGACGGCACCGCAUCGGCUGGUUCCGACUAUGUAGGCAAGCGUGGCAUCAUUAACUUUCCGCCGGGCGUUGAUGAGCAGCGCUUCAAGAUCGAAAUCAUCGACGACGACAUAUUCGAGGAGGAUGAAUGCUUCUACAUACGGCUCUUCAAUCCGUCUGCCCACGUUAAUCUCACAGUGCCACAAAUAGCGACCAUUAUGAUUUUGGAUGAUGAUCAUGCUGGCAUUUUUGCUUUCAAGGAGUCCGUUAUUGAAGUCACCGAAUCCGUUGGCGUCUAUAAGUUAUCCGUCAUGCGCUACUCCGGAGCACGCGGUACUGUCAUUGUUCCCUACUGGACAGAGGACGGAACUGCUGUCUCUGGCAAGGACUUUGAGCCAUUAAGCGGCGAGCUCGUUUUUGAAAAUAAUGCUACUGAGCACUUUAUAUCCAUUAUCAUACUCGAGGAGAGCAGCUAUGAGAAGGAUGUCAAGUUUAAGGUGCACAUUGGCGAACCGCGCUUGGCGCCAGAUGACACUAAUAAGGAAUCAUUUUUCAACCGAUUUUUUGCCCAUCACACUGGAGAUCGUACUCAUGAUGAAAUGCUAGCUCAAAUCAAGGAGGUGGAGCGCAAGCCAAUACAGGAUCUCACCGAACUGGAGCGCAUAUUGCUGCUGAGCAAGCCCAGGAAUGGCGAGCUGACCACCACACAUGUUCGCAUACGCGAGAGCCAGGAAUUUAAGGCUACUGUGGACAAGCUUGUUGCCAAGGCAAAUGUCUCCGCUGUGCUUGGCACUUCCUCCUGGAAGGAGCAAUUCAAGGAUGCACUCACCGUUGUGCCAGCCGAUGAAUCUGAGUUCGACAACGAUGAUGAUGUGGAGGAGGUCGUGCCACGUUGCUUUGACUACAUCAGCCACUUUGUGUGCCUGUUCUGGAAGGUGAUGUUUGCAUUUGUGCCACCCACAGAUAUUUGCCGUGGCUAUAUUACCUUUGUGGUCUCCAUAUUCAUUAUUGGUGUGCUUACCGCUGUCAUUGGCGACGCCGCCUCCUAUUUCGGCUGCGCACUCAACAUCAAGGACUCCGUUACGGCCAUUUGCUUUGUAGCCCUCGGCACCAGCAUACCAGACACAUUUGCCAGCAUUAUUGCAGCCAAGCAGGACGAGAGCGCCGAUAACUGCAUUGGCAAUGUAACUGGCAGCAAUGCCGUCAACGUAUUUCUAGGCAUAGGUCUGGCCUGGUCCAUUGCCUCGAUCUAUCACAUGGAUCGUGGUACCACUUUCAAUGUCGAGCCGGGCACCAUUGGCUUCGCCGUUGCUCUGUUCUGUGGCGAGGCUUUGAUUGCCAUUAGCAUUAUGAUGUACCGUCGUGUCAGCAAGUCAACUGGCGCCGAGCUCGGUGGCCCCAAGACCCUCAAGUGGACACACGCUUCGAUUUUGUUUGCGCUGUGGGUCAUCUAUCUGCUCUUGAGCACAUUGGAGGCCUACGAUAUAAUUAAGAUUUAAACAGGCAACUCUAAUAUACAUAUAUAUACUUACAACAAAAAAUCGAACGAUAUUAAACAUAUAUGUAUACAUUUGUAAAAGCGUCAGCGCCAAAUUUUAUUCAUGUAUAUAACGCCAGCUCUGUGUAUCGAUAUACGAUCUGUAUAUUUAUGUAUGGCAAGUUGGGCUACAUGUAUGUAUAUCAAUAUAUAUUUAAAAUUUACGUAAUGAAUUGAGAGCAAAAAUUCUAUUGUUUAUUUAGCAUAAUUUAUGAAAAGUUGAAACUACAAAUGUAAUUAAUGCUUACUGUAAAUACAAAAGGCUGCCUGGGCUCAGCAACUAAGCAACGUGAUCAUGCAUUAUUAUAUCAUAUAUAUAUUUAUACAUACAUAUAGACAAAUACAUAUACAUAUAUAUAUUUACGAUUUA